AUGGUUAAUUCCAAACUAUACUUCAAUUAUGAAAAGGGCAGUGAAUAUAUUAAUAAGACUGCAAACAUCUAUCUGCAUCGCCCUAGCAACUCCGGCAAUGAAAAGUACGAAGAGGCUCCGAGAGAGGAACGGAGAGGUGAAGGAGUAAAGAAGGUGUCACACCGCAAUGGGACUUUACAAGCAGGUGCAAGUCAACUUACGCGUGCACGCAAGUGCGGUAAGCUGCCCAUUGUGCUGUCUUAUGCGCGUAAACAAGCGUAUCGCGUGCGUGCGUGCGUCGUAGUCUCGAAUUGCAUGUUCUGCAUACGCAGGGAUCCCUACACAGGCACUCCACCCCGUAUCUACGCCUAA